UUCAAACGGGCAGAGAGAGAGAGAGAGAGAGAGGGGAGGAGGAGCUCGACAGGUUCAUAGGGGCCACCACAGGCGACCCCAUCACCACUGCCGACCAUCUCUGGCACCGGCGACCACCUCGACAGGGUUCCGGCGCCGUACAGCUCUCGCGGCUAACCACCCACGUGCACGACUUCAACAUCCAUCGCUGCCAUUACCUUUACCAGGUUUCAAACCCUUUGAUGCAACAUCAGAUUCAAAACCUUGUAAUUACAAACCCUAACCCAGAAUCAAAUCAGACUAAUGGAAUACUCAUCUGCUUUAUCUUCUUCCAACAGCAGUCUUGGGGAUCGCAAGGGGGAAAAUAUGGCCGAAGAUAAGGGCAGCUGCUCUACGUCCGGCCCUUGCCCUAUCUGCCUUGGACCUUUUCUUCAAGAAUCCUAUUUGGAUCACUGUUUCCAUAAGUUCUGCUACAAUUGCAUUAUGCGUUGGGCCAAAGUGGUUGCUAGCAAGCAUUCUCGCCAGCCUUCCUCUGUGAAGUGCCCUCUAUGCAAGACAGAAAAUUUUUCUAUCAUACAUGGCUAUGAUGGGAAUUCUUUCCAACAACAUUAUAUCAAUCAAGAUUUUGUUAUGCUUUCUUUUCAGAAGCUCACAAAUAUAGGCUACAAUGCUACCAUACCGAACCAGGUAUACUGGUGCUACCAUUUUGUCCCUGUAGAUAGCUUAAUCAAUACAUUCAAGGUACCACAGUAUAGGAAGUCUCGGAAGUAUUUUCAGCCGAAUCAGUGGCUCGAAGGAUGGUUGAGAAGGGAAAUUCAAGCUUUACUUCAGGAGGGAGACGUUGAAAUUAUCGUCCACCACAUACUUGGUGUAAUUGACUCAUUGAGGAGAUCUGAACACCAAAACUCUCCAAGUACACUGGAAACACGAGAAGAAACUUUCAAGGCCUUGGUAUGUCAAGCGGCAAGACCUUUCUUAACUGGAAGAACCGAUCGGUUUGUAGAUGAGGUAGAACUGUUUCUAGCUUCAGGAUUUAGUAUUGAUGCCUACGAUAAACUAUACAUGCAGCAUUUGGGUUGGAAACAUCCCGGGAGUACCACCGAGGAAGUUGAUGGCGAAUCUUCUGGAAAUGCACCCUUAGUUCCAUUCUUUUAUAUCUUUGAUGAUGACUCUGAUGGAAAUGACUGAACAUUGCCUCAGCAACGUACAACGUACUGUACAGUACAGUUAUUGAUUUGUUCCAUAACCAUUUGUUACAUUAUCUUCCUUGUGACAGUCUUUGAGCCUUGUGGUCCUUGUAGCGAAAUCACGAAAGAAUCUGAACAAGUUGUUUUACCUAUGAAUUUUUCUCUCUCUGAUAAA